AUGACUAUUCAGUCUACCAUCAACAAAGAAGUCUUCAUCCCCUGUAAUGAACGGAUGCUGGUGGCUGUAGAAGUACAGAGAAGAAAAAAGAAGAGGAUGUCUUUCCUUUCUCCUGGAUCCAAAGGAAACUAUGCAACAUUCAUUUGUGUUUCAGUGACCAACACGAGGCCACAGCAGCUCCUCAUUUCAAAGGUGAAGCACUUUAGCGACUCCUUGGCCUUUACAAGGACAUCACAAUGGAUGGUGGAGCAGCUACAACAGGUUGACGGCAUUAAUCCCGACAAGGAUAGCCCUGAAUUUGACCUGGUAUUUAUCAACGCUGUGGAUCAGUGGGCAGCCAGCACGGCGGCAGAAAAGUGCAUUCUUGUCCACGUUCUGUAUCGUGCCUGCCAAACCUACUGGGGGGCCAAGACAGGAAGUCAUGUCAAGGUGAAACGCAAGGGUUCACACCAGGUUGGAGUUGUCGAUCCCAGUGAUUCCUCACCAGGGCCUUCAUCUGGAAGGACACAGGCACGACGUAAAAGCUUAGUUGUACCCAGACUGCCAGAGUUCAUCAACUGUGCUUCCAAACUCACAAAAGAUUCCUCCAACAUGACUUUGUUCAUCUAUCGCUGCAAAGCGCUCUUGGUUCAUAUGAGGAACAAGAUGAAUGCAAAGCAAAGGAGGGCAAAAAAUAGAGUCCCUCAGAUAAAAAUGUCUCUGGGAGAGCGCGGGGAUAAACUGACUGAAGCUGAAGACAAGACUGUCGGACUGGUACACACAACCAAGCAGCUUGCAGACAUUGCUCAUAAGGGUCACGGCCCCUCUCCAGCCAAUCGGGGGGUGAGCCAGUGCAGCCUGUCCCUCCUCCUGCGGCACCAGCAAGGGGGCCGCCGGGAUCCAGGGUGGUUCCCCCGGACCAUCCAUACCCCCAUUAAUGAGGGGACGCGCCACCGCCUCCCACGCCUGACCCCACCACCAACCAGCCACCGCUUCAACUCGCCAAAUGAAACGGCACACCGCGGGACCCCCAUGGCACACUAG